AUGGAAAGGUCCAGAUUGGUCAUUAAUAUCGAAUUUGGGGCGAGUAAAACAGUCGUCGGCUAUCAUGUCACCACAAAUGGGUGGAAUGGGCUUCCUACGUUCUUACAAAUAUACAAUACCCAUAUCAUUCCAACGGCGAUUGCGUACACCCAGGGGGAGGGCUUGUCAUGCUGUAUUGGAGCGGAUGCCCAACGCCAAAAGAACUGCAUUUAUUGGAUAAAACAUAUAUUCGACGAUGCUCGCAUAUUGCGAGACUCUGAUGACGAGCUUCUCAAGGAGCUAGUCGAGUCGACAUGGCCGCAGCUACCUCGCAGGCAACGCGAGGAUCCAUCCCUCGUCGUAUCUGACUUCCUGGGAAAGAUAUUAGGACAUCUUCAGAGUGCCUUGAAAGAUGACCCCACACUCAACGGAAUGCCAAAACAUUUCGUAUUUACCACGCCAUCUACUUGGUCGAGUUCUGCGCAUAUUAAGAUGAAACAGGCUGUAUAUUCAGCAGGGUUUACAAGCCCUCAAGGCGCAAGCGUCUCUUUUACUUCAGAGGCCGAGGCGGUCGCCGUAUACGCCGCCAGUGAAGGGGGAUUCAACAUGGGGCAGCUUUGUGAAGUGAGUAACGCCUGUGGGGCUGUUCAGCUCCAGUCUCUGGUAUAUGCUAAAGCGUUGCAGCAAAGUCGGACGUCUGGUCGGAUGACGAGAAGUAAGGUCAAGCUACUUCCGUUUGCCGAAUGGGCCCGGCAAAAGUUUCCAUAUGGACUUGUAUCAAUGCCCACUAAUACCGGGCUUUUGGAUGCUGCCUUGCGGCUGAUCUACAAUAGUGUUGCCAUCAAGAUCAUUAGCCAUAUUCGGCGUGAAAUUGCUUGCGCUAACAUCUGCGCUGGAUGCAAAGUUAUUAAGAGACUGCUUUUGGUGGGAGGUCUGAGUGGCUCGGCCGAGAUCUCAAACGCCAUUCAGUACGCAUGUGAAAACGAAUUCGAGAUCGAAUUUCACCAGCCACAUUACGAUUUUCGGAAUAUAGCCGUUUGUAUUGGUGGCACACUGCGCGGCCUCAUGGGACCGCAACUGUCCUUCAAAUUUUGGAGAUAUUAUUAUCUGGUCGACGCGAACCAGCAGAUAAUCAUGAUCGUCAGCAAGGGAAGCCCCUAUGACAACGAGUACACCAAUCGAAUCGAUAUAACACUGCCCCGAGGCACUGACGGGGCCCUUACCAUUCUUGUUGUGGGGAGUGCGCAGCAGGUAAACCUGCUCGAAUCGCUCGAAGACCAAACCAAGAUUGUUGGCAGAAUUAACUGCGACUUGUCACAAGUGCCGGGAGACUGGCAACUUCUGAACGUCUUAGUCAAGUACCGAGCCACAGUGAGAUCUGAAGGACAACAUCUUCCUCCCGAGCGCCUGCUCCAUCUGGCUGUGCACGAGUCGGAAAGUGAAGAAAAACGGCUAAUAGGCCACACGCGAGUCCUCAUGCAGAGUGGGUUGUGA